CCGGGGAAGGAGGAGAAUCUGGAGGCUGUAAUUUGAUCGGAUGGGUUUCUGUGGCUGUGCGGGGAUGAGGACGCGCCCCUAAAACCAAGGGCCUUGAGAGAAAGACAAGUCUCCACACAGACAGCCACAUCACUGCGGGUCCAGCAUGCUGCGCGUCACCGUGUUCCUCUGCGUCCUCGCCGCGUCCUCGUGCGCGCCGCCGCGCUCCUGCGAACCUGGAGAUCAAGCUUUAGGAAGAUGCAAGGAAGCAGUAAAAGAGAAAAUGCAGUGCACAGACAUGGUGCUUAGCUACUGCCAGGACGUGCCAUAUAGGCAUGUUGUCUUCCCCAACCUCAUUGGGCAGCAGUCGCGACAGGAGGCCGAGCAGAGCACUGAGUAUCUGCUGCUUAAUGUGCUGCACGGCCUGCUGGGGGGCGAGUGCUUGUCCGAGCUACGCCUACUUGGAUGCUCUGUGCUGGCUCCACGAUGUCGGAAUAAUGCCAGAGUCAAGCCUUGCCGCAGCUCAUGUGAGGCAGUGAAGAAGAACUGCGUGCAUGCCUUCGAUGCCAUCCGCAUGGCCUGGCCCUACUUCUUGGACUGUGAUCGUUUCUUUGCAGCUGAGGAAGAGGGCUGCCACGACCCGCUACUUGAGCUCAGAGCCAGGCAAGAUGUUGCCCUCUCUGGCAUCUCAGAUGGGGGUCAGGCUACCGUUCUUCAGUUCACAUACCACACUAAUGCACAAAUGUUCAGCAUCUUGAAGAAAACGGCAGCCAAAUGUCCUCAGAUUUCCCGAACCUACAGCAUCGGCCGUAGUGUGGAAGGCAAGGACCUGCUGGUCAUUGAGUUCUCCAGUAAUCCUGGACAACAUGAGCUAUUGGAGCCGGAGAUUAAGUUGAUCGGGAACAUGCAUGGGAACGAAGUUUUGGGCCGGCAGCUGCUCAUCUACCUGGCUCAGUACCUGUGCUCUGAGUACCUGCUGGGAAAUGAGCGCGUCCAGAACCUUAUCAACAACACACGCAUCCACCUGCUGCCCUCCAUGAACCCAGACGGCUAUGAGAUUGCCGCCUCUGAGGUAGCCGAUAGCAACGACCCUGAAAACGCCAACCCAGAAGGUCACUUGUAUAAUGGUUGGGUCAGUGGCAGAGCCAAUGCUCAGAACAUCGACCUGAAUCGCAACUUCCCUGACCUGACCUCCAUUUACUACAACCGACGACGCUUCAUCCGAUUCCGCACCGACCACCUCCCCAUCCCCGACUCCUACUGGUUGAAUAAGGUAGCUCCAGAAACCUAUGCUGUGAUGAAAUGGAUCAGGUCCAUUCCAUUUGUUAUCUCUGCCAGUCUACACGGGGGGGAGCUCGUCAUCUCAUAUCCCUUUGACUUCUCCAGACACCCCCAGGAGGAAAAAAUUUUCUCACCCACACCUGAUGAGCAGAUAUUUAAGCAAUUGGCCAGGACCUAUGCAGAUGCUCAUGAGACAAUGGCCAGCAAUGAGACACAGAGAUGUGGAGGCUCAUUUGCCAGCAGAGGAGGCAUCAUCAAUGGAGCUCUGUGGUACAGCUUUGCUGGAGGCAUGUCAGACUUUAACUACCUGCACAGUAAUUGUUUGGAACUGACGGUGGAACUCGGCUGUGAUAAGUUCCCUGCAGAGGAAGAACUUUACCCAGAGUGGCGCAGGAACAAGGAGGCUCUGCUCAGUUUCAUGGAGUCUGUCCACAGAGGAAUAAAGGGUAUUGUGAAAGACAGAGAUGGGAAUGGAAUUAAAGGUGCCAUCAUAUCAGUUAGAGGGAUACGGCAUGACAUCACUACAGCUGAAGAUGGUGACUAUUGGAGACUGCUGAUUCCGGGUGUCCACAUUGUAAGUGCCACAGCUCCUGGCUACUCUAAAGUGGUGAAGCGCGUCAAGCUGCCUCACACCAUGCAGAAGAUGGGCCGUGUGGACUUUGUGCUUAGAAAGGAGCCAGUAGAACCUGACCACGACUACUUAUCCAUCCCUGAGCUGGAUAAUUAUGAGCGCUUCGACCCUUUUAACGCAUUUGAGCAGCACAAUGAGCCAGACCAUGGAGAGAAUGGAGAGGAGAGAAGUGAGAAGCCUUGGUGGUGGGCUUACUUUAGUCAACUAGGGAUGUCUCCUCCCACCUGGCUUCUCAGGAACUAUUAGCAACUUCACAAUGCCCCUUAUUCCCAUAACUGCCUCCUGUAUUCAAAUUAAUGCACCUUAGGUUUCAAUUAUUGUCAGGAAGAUUUGAAAUAUAUAGUUUUCAUCCCAUUCUUAAGAUAAAGUGGGGCUAUAAUGUAUUGUUUAUUAAAGUCUAACACUUUAGUUUAGCUAACACUUUAGCUAGACCAUUGCUUGGCUGGGGUAAAAUAUAUAUAUUUGUUUUGUCAUGCAGACUUUUUAUGUGCAGGCACAUCAUGCCAAAACCUAUUUAAUGGAACCUUGGAUUUUCAUUCGACUCAAACCAGUGGUUCUGGGAAUCUGUUUUUCAUCAAAACACAUGACCUACAAUUGCAAAUGGACUGGAAUAAUUAAGUUACGGUGUGAAAAUCUGUUUCCUCUGAUUCAGUGUACAACUUAUGUACAAUACAUUUUUCCAUUUGAGGAGUUAACAAUUCCAUUUAUUAACCAAAAGUCUUUAAGCACUAAAAACUUUAGGUUUACUCUUUACAAUUCUACUCAACAUUGGGUCUAACUUCUGUCAGCUGAGGUCUACUUUUGUCUGAUCUCUGUGACAAAGCCCUAUUUUGGAUAUAAUCUCUGGAACAGAGCUCUACAUUAGGUUUCAAAUCUGUAACCAAUUUGGGUCUACUUUGGGUCUGAUCUGAAAAUUAGAUCUAAUACAACAAUACAUUGGGUCUAAUACAGUAAUAAUAUAAAUAAACAUGCAUUGCUAUGAUCUUUCUCAACCAAUUCUUAAGACAUGUUAAAUUGUAAAAAUGUUAUUCUGAACCCUACAACUCAGUAUUUCUCUGCUUUAGGAAGCUUGACUAACCAAAUUUUUUUCUUUUUUUUCUUUUCUGCAGCAAACAGUAUUGCAGUAAAUGUUUGAGAGGUUAUGUGACUUUACAGUGUGUAAAAUGGGGGCUUUCAGUGUCAUAUUUAGCAAAAUAUGUAACUGUAGCAUUGUAUGCAGUUAUCUGAAUACAUUUAGCCCAUAUCUGUUUCUCAGACCUGCAUAGGGUCUAAUCUGUAUCUGAGUUUAUAUUGAGUAUAAUCUAUAUCUCAGCUAUCUCUAUGACGGGCCAAAUCUAAACUGUAUCUGAAUUCUAUGAUGGGUCUAACCUGCUGUUGAGCUCUGUUGGGUCUAAUUUGUCUUUGAGCACUGCAUUGGGUCUAAUUUGUACUUCUCUAUCUGAGAUCUACAUUGGGUCUAAUAUGUACCUGAGCUCUAUAUUGGGUCUAAUCUGUUGCUGAGUUUUACAUUGGGUCUAAUAUGUAUUUGACCUCUAUCUGUCUUUGAGCUCUACAAUGGGUCUUAGCUGUACCUGGGCUCUAUGUUGGGUCAAAUUUCCAUAUCUGAGGUCUAUGUUGGGUCCUAAAUCUGUAACUAGGGUCUACAUUGGAUCUAAUUUUUAAUCAAAUUUUCCAUUGGUUCUAAUCACAGUCACUGGGGAUUAUGUUUGGUCUAAUCUCUCAAGAUAAGGUCUAUUUAAGCUCUGUUAAGUUUUACAUCGAAUCUAAUCCCUGUAUCUGAGGUCUCAGGCAUUUAGGAUCACUUUGUGUUUAACCUCUAUAGCUGAGGUCUGCUUUGCAUCUAAUUACAAUAAUUGAGGUUAGGUCUUUUUGGUCUAGUCUCUGAGACUUAUGUGAAAAUGCAAAUGUACUGCCAUGAGAAUUAUUUUGUUAGUCCAAUUGUUACAACUUCUAUGCCCUGCAUUGAGUAUAUGCAAAUAUAUACGUAUAUGUUUGUUAGUUGUUUUAGAUAUUUGCACAGUGUUUAUUAAAAUGUUGCUGUAUA